AACACUCAUCAUCUGUUGGAUGCGGACUUUAUUUUGUAAUCUAUGACCGGAAACAGUUGUAUGUCUUCCGCCCUCCCGGACGGUCCGGACGGUCUGCUUCAUAUUUCUCCCUCUCCAUCUAAAAUCAUUCAUCGUUUCUCUCCAUCAUGGCGGCCGCUGUCCGCCUCCUUCCCGCCCUCACCUUCACGCUGCUGUCUUGUUUUGCCGCCGCGGUGUUCGCGCGCAGAGACGUGCUCGAGCUCGGGGACGCAGACUUCGACUACCUGGCAACGGAGCACGAGACCAUGCUGGUGAAAUUCUACGCUCCAUGGUGUGGUCACUGUAAGAAAUUAGCUCCAGAGUUUGAAAAGGCAGCGACCAGACUGAAGGGAACUGUCCAGCUGGCAAAGGUGGACUGUACGGCUCAUUCAGAGACCUGUAGUCGUUUUGGGGUCUCAGGCUAUCCGACUCUAAAGAUCUUCAGGAACGGCAGAGACUCUGCCCCCUAUGACGGACCUCGCAGUGCAGAUGGGAUCUAUCAGUACAUGAAGAAGCAGACAGGUCCAGACUCGGUCCACCUGAAGACCGAUGAAGACCUGAAUACCUUCAUCAACCACUACGAUGCCAGUAUCAUCGGUGUGUUCUCAGGUGCAGACAGCUCUCACUUGUCAGAGUUUCUGAGAGCUGCAGCUCUGCUCAGAGAACAGUUCAGGUUUGCUCACAGUACUGAUGUGGAGCUGGGGAAGAAGUAUGGCGCCAAGUCAGAGUGUGUGUUGCUGUUCAGACCUCCCAGACUGAACAACAAAUUUGAGGACAGCGUCGUCAUUUUCACUGAUUAUCUGACCGUUGGCUCCCUGAGACGCUUCAUCAGAGAUCAUCUGUACGGCCUGUGUCCUCACAUGACCGUGGAGAACAGAGACCGCCUGAGAGUCCGAGACCUGCUGACGGCGUACUACGACCUGGAUUACCACCACAACCCCCAGGGUUCCAACUACUGGAGGAACAGGGUGAUGAAGGUGGCGUCCAAGUACACUGGGCAUGGCCUUACAUUUUCAGUGGCCAAUAAGAAGGACUUCCUGUCUGAGCUGGAGGACGACUUUGGUCUGGGAACAUCAGAUGGAGGGGAGUUGCCAUUCGUCACCAUCCGGACCAAACUGGGCCACAAAUACACCAUGAGAGAGGAGUUCACGAGGGACGGUCAGUCGUUGGAGAGGUUUAUAGACGAUUACUUCACAGGUCGUCUGAAACGUUACGUGAAGUCUGAACCUUUACCUAAUAGGAACUCUGCUGGUGUCAAGGUGGUUGUUGCAGAGUCCUUUGACGACGUUGUCAAUGAUCCAGGUAAAGAUGUUCUGAUCCAGUUCUACUCUCUGUCCUGUCCACAUUGUAAGAAACUGGAGCCGGUCUACAGAGAGCUGGCUGACAAGCUGCAACAUGAUCCAAACAUCGUCAUUGCCAAGAUGAACGCAGCUGAUAAUGAUGUCCCGCUGGGUUACGACGUCCAGGGGUAUCCCACCAUUUACUUUGCCCCAGUUGGGAGAAAAGACGAGCCCAUACGAUACGAGGGCGGUCGCGAGCUCAAAGACUUCCUGAAGUUCCUGAAGCGCGAAUCAAGUCACAGUCUGCAGCUCGGCGGGUCAAAGGAAGAACUCUGACACACGGAGCAGCUGGUCUCCAUGACAACAGACAUGUAGAGGGAGGAGUAGAUGGACCUGGGCCUGAACCUGGACCAGAGGUGGUCACAGAGUCCAGUCAUGUUAAUCUUGUUUUCUAUGUAAUCAGACGUUCCCCGUACAUGACAUCAUCUAUGACAUCACCAGGCUGCCUGCUGAUUUGAAAAUGGGUCAUUUUUCAUUAAUUAUUUGUUUUUGGAGAUGUGUUGGGUCAAGGGGGCGUGGCCACUGUUCACCAGGAUGUGGAAAAGCAUUCUGGGAAAUGAAGUGAGUCAGCAACAAAGCGUCAGCUGAUCUGAAACAAAGACGUGUUUCUGGUUCUGUAUUGUCUCUCUCUGUUUCCACACAGAAGGAAGUGACAGACUGUUUAAGUGAGAUCACACUUCACUUCCUGUCACAAUUUCAUGAAUUCACAGCUGCUGUGAAUCAUCUGCACUGAUUUUAUUCAGAUUUAUUUAUGACAAAAAUGAUGCAAGUUAUUUAUUGAUCAUCUGUGGAUAAACCUUAUCUUAUUUAUUUAUUUUUAAUUUAUGACAUUAUAGGAGCCUUUUUGUACACGUGGUGAAAAACUGAUGCAGAUGUCUGUUCUGCUGUUUAAUAAACUGACUGAUGAUCAAA